GCGACAAGUCUGCUCCUCACUCAUAUGGGAUCGGGCAGCGGCGAAGGAUGCGGACCUUGUAUCCCCGUCUCAACAUCACCUCUGGGACGAGAGAGCGGGCCGAUGGGAAUUUGCAAUAAGGAUAAAUGCUUCCCACCCGCAGACAAGUUCUGCUGACUUGCUACAUCCGCCCCAUCACUUUAUACGAGAAUCAAGGAUAUAGUUCGUCCCUUAAUAAGCAAGCUCAACCUUCUUGUCAUGGGAAUCGGAUACCCUUUCCCCUCGCCGCCUCACUACUAGGAGUAAUCCCUUACCACAACCACAACCACCACCACUAUGCCUCCUCCUCCUCCAUCAGCCCUCACCCUCCUCCUCCUCCUAACCACCCUCCUAACCCCCCUUCUCCCCUCGCUAGGAUUACUACCUGUAGCCUCAGCACACUCACACCUAGCCUACAUCAUAAUCGAAGGCCAGCUCUACCACGGCUUCGACCCGCGGCCCAACCAACAACAACAACAACCGGCGGCCAACCCACCUUCCCACGUCGGCUGGUCGACGACCGCCUUCGACGACGGCUUCGUCCCCCCGGCCAACUACUCCACCCCGGACAUCAUCUGCCACGUCGGCGGCACCGCGCCGCCCGCCCACGCGCCCGUGCGCGCCGGCGACCGCAUCCACGUGCAGUGGAACGGCUGGCCGGUCGGCCAUGUCGGUCCGGUCCUCUCGUAUCUGGCGCGGUGUGAGUCUGAGACUGGGUGUACGGGGUUGAUGAAGGGGAAGGGGAAGGAAGGGUUGCGGUGGACGAAGAUUGAUGAUUCCCGGCCCGUUAUGGAGGUGUCGGUAUCAGGGAAGGGGGAUACUACAGAUGGAGGGGAGGGAGAGGGCGUGCCCGGGCAGAGGUGGGCUACGGACGUGCUCAUCGCGUCCAAUAACUCGUGGCUGGUGGCGGUGCCGCGGGGGUUGCAGACGGGCGCGUAUGUGCUCCGCCAUGAGAUCAUUGCGCUGCAUUUUGCUGAGCGGGAGAAUGGUGCUCAGAAUUAUCCGCUGUGCAUGAACCUGUUUGUUCAGGGGGAUGACGAGGCGGGAGGCGCGGGGUUUGAGAUGGAUGAUUUUGAUGCGAGGGGGUUUUACAAGGCCGAUGACCCGGGUAUACUCGUUAAUGUUACCGCCGGUCUCCAGUCGACGUAUGUCGUGCCGGGCCCGACGGUUGCGGUCGGCGCGUCGCCGGUGCCGUAUGCCCAGCAGAGUGCCAGUGUCUCGAGAGGGGUGGGCACGCCGGUCGUGGUGACGCGGAGUACGGAAACCGUGCCGUUUAACGAAGUUGCUACCCCGACGGGCGCAUCGAGGCUCAUAAGGGGGUAUGAUAGGAGAUAUUGAAGUAGGACGAGCGAGCGGAAUGUGAUUCUUCUGCGGAUUCAGUUAGCUUAAAAGAGUGUAGUACCCAGA